UAGCAUGAACCAAAACUAUACAUACACCCACUCUCUCAUAAUAUUUCUAUCCACCACCUGCUCCUUUAAUCACACAAAAAUGUUCACUCCAUCUCUUCAAAUUUUCUCACUAAAAUCAUCAUCAUCAUCAUCUUCAAAUUUAACCUCAAUCAAACUCAAAAGAAUUAUCCACACCCUCUUAGUUUCACACUUGUGUAGAAUAAUUCGUGCACUAUCCAAAGUCAAAGAUUUUAUAGUUGAGAUUCUCAAAGACGACAACAACUCAACCAUCAACUUCACUUAUUACCCUUCCUCUCACAAAAAACGUAACAACAUAAGAAAAAAGAUCAUUUUAGGUUCCUUUAGACUUCAUUAUAAUUGGUGUUCUUCAAAAUCUUCUCAUGUUUUGCCGGUUCCGGAACGGGUUUAUGAAGGUUUGUUUGAUACUUCAGAGCAGCCAAAAAGUGAGGAUUGUCCUGACUCACAUCUUGCAGGAUAUUUACAGUGGCUUGAGGAGAAGAAGAUUCAAGAGGGUACAAAAGAGAAAGAGAUUGUUAAUGAGAAUAUUGAUAUGUUAGCUGAAAUGUUUAUUGCUAAUUGUCAUGAGAAGUUCAAGUUGGAAAAACAAGAAUCUGAUAGGAAGUAUCAAGAAAUGCUUGCUAGAAGCAUUUAAACAAUUAAGAGAUGUAAUUUUAUUUUAUUUAUGUAAUUUUCUUUAGUAACUUCACUACUUGAUCAGUUGUAGGUUUGUAGCUUGUGCAUUUUCCCACAAUCAAAUUCAGUUUGGUAUAAUUAAUUACUUGGGAAAAAUUAUCUUUAGGAGUGUAUUAAUUGGAAUAUUGGUGGAUUUUAUUUAUGGUCAUAUAUAUUUGCCUUUUUCUUUCUUA